AUGGCCGAUGAAGCUGUCAAUGGCAGGUGGAGUGUGUUUCUUAUAUGUACAUACGCAGCUAAGGAAGCCACAAAGAAGACGAAAAAGGCUAAGCUAUAUGUACCCCAGAUCGAUUGCGAUGUCAAGGCGGGGAAGAUAAUAAAUCCAGAAUUCAUUGCAAAAUGCCCUCCUGGAUGUCAAGAUGUACAAUACCGUGUUUAUGGCACAGACAUUUAUGCUUCCUUUUCCAGCGUGUGCAAUGCUGCAAUUCACAGUGGUAUAAUCGACAACACAGGUGGGAAGAUCCUCGUUCAGAAAGUCGCUGGCCACUCUGGUUACCGCGGGAGCUUCUCCAACGGGGUCCGAUCCCUGUCACUGCCGCGCUGGAGGGAGUCCUUCCUCGUGUCAG